CACCCUUUUGCCCUUUUCGGUGCCGGUCACGUGGGAACGGCGCGGUGACGUACCCGGCUCGGCUCGGCUCGGCAUGGCGGACACGGCCUCGCAGGUGCUGCUGGGCUCCGGCCUCACCGCGCUCUCCCAGCCGCUCAUGUACGUCAAGGUGCUGGUGCAGGUGGGAUAUGAGCCGCUUCCUCCGACCCUGGGCAGAAAUAUAUUUGGGCGACAGGUUUACCAGCUACCGGGACUCUUUGCAUAUGCUAAGCACAUUAUGAAGAUAGACGGAAGAGCUGGACUCUUCAAAGGGUUGACUCCCAGACUCUGCUCAGGCGCCAUCGGCACCAUCGUGCACGGCCAGGUGUUACAGCGGUACCAGGAAGCUGACCAGGAGGAGGAGCCCGGGGCCAGCCUUAAGGAGCCCGUGUCCUCGUGGGAGCAGGUCAUCAAGGAGACUUCCCGAGAGAUGGUUGCCCGUUCUGCCGCAACGCUAGUCACCCAUCCCUUCCACGUGAUCACGCUGAGAUGCAUGGUGCAGUUCAUUGGCAGGGAGACCAAGUACAGUGGCAUCUUCAGCCCUUUCGUCACCAUCUACCGGGAAGAGGGCAUCCUGGGCUUCUUUGCGGGGCUCGUUCCCCGGCUGCUGGGCGAUGUGCUGUCACUGUGGCUCUGUAACAUGCUGGCCUACCUCAUCAAUACCUAUGCACUGGAGAACGGGGUCUCCACCAUGAGCGAGAUGAAGAGCUACUCACAGGCUGUCACUGGAUUCUUCGCCAGUAUGCUGACGUACCCCUUCGUGCUCGUCUCCAACCUGAUGGCCAUUAACAACUGUGGGCUGGCUGGUGGCCUCCCCCCCUACGCACCCAACUACUCCUCCUGGUUAGACUGCUGGAGCCAGCUGCUCAAGGAGGGGAACAUGAGCCGAGGCAACAGCCUGUUUUUCCGGAAGGUGCCUGCGGGGAAGCUGUACGUGUGGGAGGAGAAGCGGUUCCGCUGAGGCCGGAGCUGGGCGAGGGGCCCGGGGCCAGGCCCAGGGCUGGGCCAGAUGCACUGAAUGAUGGGAGAGUGGUGAUUUCUAUACAGUUUUUUAAAUAAUGAUUCAAUCUUGGGAAAUGGA